AUGGCCGCUCUCGGCAGCGCAGCCAUAGUUCCCCGAAACACCGCCGACGGCAUCUAUGCCGUGACCUUGGACGCCCGCGGCCAAGAGGUGCACACCCGCCUACCAGACGACGCCGAAUUGCCGCAAGACCUCAACCUCUCGGCCUACGACAAGCGGGAGGAGACGAAGAACACGCCCUGGAAGUCGGAGGACCUCAACACGUUCUGCACCUGCGGCAACGGCGCCGAUAAGCACGACACGGACGCGGCGGUGCAGGACCUCCAGUCCCAGCUAGGCCAAGGCAAGAAAUUCAACUACUUGUCCGUCUACUCCAAGAGGGGAGACGUGGUCGCUUUCGCCUGCAAGGAAGCCAAGCUCGAGUUCGCCGAGACGUCGGCCAAGGACGUGGAACUCAUCAUGGCCGAGGUGCGCUCGGCUUGCGGCGCGUACACGCCCGGGUCCGCCAACUUCAAGGUCAAGCGGGAUGGGACCAAUAGAGCCCUCACCUAUGGCUUCAUGAAGCUGGCGGACAAGGACGUGGAAUUCUGCAGAAUGGCGACGGCGUCGUACAAGGUCCCGAAAUGCAACCACCACUAA